GGCUGACGGAUCGCCGCCGGAGUAGAGUAGAGAGGAGAGAGCACGCCUGCGCGGAAUCCCCGGGCGGGCGCGGGCAGUGCCACCGGAGGCCCGGCGGUUUCAGAGCUUCGCCCGGGACGACAAACCGCGGACGAGCCGAGUGCGGGAAACCCCGGUCGCGUUUUGCAAUCACUGCCGACCGAUUCGAGGUAUACCGAGUGUCCGCACGGAACGAGGAGUAACAAUCGGGGGUAAAAAAAGAUAAGGGGGGAGAGCCGAUUGUGAACGCCGAGGCAGACCGUUUCGUGACCUUGGUGCGCGCGACACUUUGCGUCCUCCUUCUCUGGAGUAAAAGGAGGAUCCGGUGCUCUUCCGGAUCGGUUGCAGCGGGAUACGAUAAAUUUUUCGCUCGUCCAGACUGAUUAACUCGACCGUCGGUUGCGUUCGAUGAGAUAUCCGCUCGGCGGAGUAUCCAACGGCAAGAUAAUGUGAUAUCAUAGUGUAAGAGGAGGAAGAAGAGAAAGGAAGAAGAGAAGAGAGAGAGAGAGAGAAAGAGGAAAGAUUGGUGAGUGCGCGACGAACAGGUUGCAACGAGGGGGUUGCAACGACGGAUAACGCGAGAGUAUGCGCGAUUCCUGGUAGCAUCAAGCUGGAAGAUGAACGGGACGACGACGGAUGAUUAUUAAGCAGAGAAAGCACCGGGUGAAGGGGAUGCACGGGGGUGUUUCAUGAGAUGUCAGUGGAUCCAGGGACAGUUACGUCGUCGUCGUCGUCGUCGUCAUCGUUGUUGUUGUCGUGAUCAUCAUGAGGAGGUCCUCCUACGUCAACUACUACGUCCUAUGCCUCGUGUGCUGGAUCCUACUAGGUAUUACCGGGGUGAGUACGAGAUCUCAUUCGUUGGUGAAGAGGUUCGACGGGAUUUACACGGGGCCUUACUUUGACUCGAACACUCCAACGAAUAUCACAGCGCAGCUGGGCACUCACGCUUAUCUACCGUGCAAAGUGCGGCAGCUUGGUAACAAAUCAGUUUCCUGGAUCAGAAGAAGAGAUUCGCAUAUCCUCUCGGUGGAUAGAACCAUGUUCAUUCCGGACGAAAGGUUCCAGGCGAUUUUCGGGGAGGCGGACACGUGGACGCUGCAAGUGAAAUAUGUCCAAGCGCGCGACGAAGGCGAGUACGAGUGCCAAAUCUCGACCGACCCGAAGAAGAGUCACAUCAUCAAGCUCAAUAUCGUCGUGCCAAAGAUCGAGAUCUUGGGGGAUCGUGAUAUGUACGUGAAGACCGGAAGUACAGUCGCAAUACGAUGCGUGAUAAAGCAGUCCCUCGAGGGCCCGUUCUAUGUUUUCUGGUACCACGAGGGUGAUCGUGUUCUAAAUUAUCAACUGGGCAAAAUCGAUAUUCAGACGAAGAGGAUCGAGCAAGACACGGUGAGCAGCCUCGUGAUUCACAACGUGAGACGAGAGGACUCGGGUAACUAUACUUGCAGCCCGAGUAACCUGGAUAGCGCGAGCGUGCAGCUGCACGUGCUAAACGGGGAACAUCCCGCCGCAAUUCAGAGAGGCAUCAGUUCAGCGCCGGGUGGUUGUCCCACUCUGUGGUGGCUGGCAGGAGUGGUAACAUUAUACUCGAGCCACGGCAGCCGCCCGUUCGUCCUCGUUCUUCUGAUCCUUAUGGUUCUCUACUCGAAAAAUCCAUCUUACUUUGCGACGGAACGAUAAUCAGGCAAGAUCGCAAGGAUGGUAUACGCGUAUAAUCGAUUAUCUCCUGCUACGAGACCCCGACUACCUCGAGAAAAGAGAUCCUCGACUGCGGACUGAUUUCCCGAGAUCAGAAACAAAAAGGGCGAAGCUGAUAAGAUUAAGAAGAAGGAAGGUAAAACAAUAGAGAGAGAAAGAGGAAGAGCAAAUAAUAAUGAUUCUGGAGAUAGUAUGUUUUUUCUCGCGCGAAGUAAGAGUUAGAGGUUUAUCUCGAUUAUCGAGACAGUGAUCCGGCCGUUAGAAAUUAGGACUUAGUUAAUUAUAUGAAUUCUUGUUAAAUUGCUGCGAGAACUGUACAUGCUGGAGAAGCUAUGAAAUUUUUGACGAAGAUAUAAAUUAGAUCGAGUUGGAAUAAAACAAACGGGUGGUCCGUGGACAUAUUUAAGAAUUUUCAGUAAGGGUCGCGAAUAAAGUGAUAAUUUUACGCACGCAUAAAGCUGUUUAUUCUAAUCUUGUAAUAUAUUUUUUAGAAACUUUAUCUAAAAUAUCGCUUUAAUGAAGUUUAUUCGUAUAUAUUUCUCCAAAGAUGCGUUCGCCUUUGUACUUUUACGUUUGCAAAAUCGUUUCACGUACUUCCCGUUUGUGUUAGUCCGACAAAAUAGAAUGUUACGAAAUCUAAAAAAAAGCGCUCUAAAAACGAUCGCGAUCGCGAGAUCUUGUCGCGAGGGCGUUGGGUAGUUUCGUAGCGCCUGUUACAAGAAGGCGAUAAUGUGACGAGAAAUAUAUGUAGGACUGAAAAGCGAAAGAAAGGGGGAAAAAGAACGUCAAUGAGUGACGACAACAAAAAGAACCGUUAUGAGAAUGGGAAAAAACAGAAAAACUUCGUCCGCGCCGCUCGAAUAGAAUUGAAACUUGUUCGAUGAAUUUUCGAAAUGCGAUGUGAUUUAUUAUAUUCGAUAGCGACCGAUUAUAAAAAGCGUGUCUAUACUCGACGUCAAUCGCAUGAUCUAGGAUCGUCCUGAGAUUGAAGCAAUCUCGGCCAUUGUCUCUUACAAUUAGAUAAUUUGUCGGCAUAGCUCAAAGAGCGAUUAGAAUCUUUUUCAACUUAUCGAUCAGCUGAUCUGUUCCUGGUUUGUAAAACAAACCCAAGAAAAAUAGAAAGAUCUAUACGCAAAACGAUUGGAAGAUGAAAAAUGUUAUUAAUGUUAACAGCACGACAAUGGUUAUAUUUGAUCCGAAGAAAAGAAUUCAUAUCAAGCGAUAUCUUGCCAUAUCAAAUUCAAAUUAGUCGCGUGAUAUUUUCAGCACAAGACGCGUUCAAAAUACAUAUAUAUAGACGGAAAGAAUUAUUAUUUUAAUAUGGAUAAUUUUUAUUUAAGGUUCAUCGACCGAGAGAGAACGAAAGGCCGCACGAGAUGUCGCGAUGGAAAUUAUCACUGCCCCUAUUUUAAUCUUGUUCAAAAGCGACAAGUGGCUUCAGACGAUCCGUGAUCAAUAUUUUAGUAUUAAAGCGCAUUGAGUAUACACACGCCGAUCAAAAUAAUAUCAUACGUCCGCGCAUGCACAGACUAAUUUACCGCGACGUGGGCCGUGCAAACCGAUACAUUUUCCACUUAUCCAUUGUUCAUUUGCGUAUUUACAUUCCAUGAAAAUAUCGCAUUUUUAUAUAAAAUUGGAAGAUUUUUUAGAAAUGUAGACGAAAAUUUAUAUAUACACAUUUCAAAGAGAUUUUAAUAUUCAGAUAUAAAAUUUGUAUUUUUUCUUCAAAAAUUUAUCGAAAUUAAGAUAGCCGUUUCUCUAUUAAACGUCUAUUCAAAUUUACGACCUAAAGAUGACAUUUGCUCUACAUAAAGGAUUUAUAAAUACACCUAUAAUAUAAUCUAUACAAGUUUUAUAUGUACUUUAAGUCCUCCUUUGAUUCCUUUUCGACGGAUUUUUUUUUAUGAAUCAUUGAAUAUAUCAUAGAUGUUUAAUAAUAGGCGGACUACUUUCGAUAAUUACCUUUUGAUAAUAUUUCCUGUACUUUCACAAUUUCACGGUUUUGGCCCGCGGCGUGCUGCCUCUGAGCAUGAUCGGUUGUAUAAUUUAGCGAACGAGCGUACGGCUUUCCGGUGGGUGCCCACGCGCCCCCCCCGCGAUUUGCUUUCUUCUCGCAAGUACUAGAAGAAAUAUACUGUUUUUUAUAAUAUUAUAUAAAUAUAAAUAAAUCUAUAUAUAUAUAUAAAUAUAUAUAUACAAACGAACAGAAAUAUAUAUAUGUAUAUGUGUACGCGCGCAAAUACGUUGCACAUGGGUGUUGAAUAUUGAACAAGUUUCAGCUCGCACGAACGAGGGGCGCAUAUAAAGCGAAUAGGGCGUAAGUUCUCGUUGAGGCAAUUUUUGGAGGAAAGUCCUGAAGAGAUAUACGAGAGGCACGAAAGAGAGCGGGAGAGGGGAGAAAAGAGAGAGACGGAAAUAUACAUCGUAAAACACGAGGACACCGGCAGGAGACGAACGAUUCGUUAGAAUAUCUACGAUUCAUGUGAUUGUAAAUAACAUAAUAUAGCAUAUAAAUAACGUAACGUUAAUUAAUGAUAUGCCGUACGUGUUACACACUAAAGAAACAAGAAAAAAAAUAAACUAAAUAACGUUACUGUGUAAUUUUUCGGAUCGUAAAACACACACGCAUUGGAAUGGGUCUGGCCGCCUGUGCUAACCGGCUCGAGAAUCACGCACGGUAUCGAA